CGCCCACCGUUACGUCACCGCUCGUUCAAGUCGCCCGAGCUGGGGAGGCGUGAAAGGUCAUGUUUGUGUAUCUGACAGUCCUACCGUGCAGUGCAUGCUGGGAAAGAGGAAAGCGGAAGUAACAGAGAGGACAGUGGGAGCUGGAGUCCAGGAAGUGAGCCCACUGCACGUGAUGGAGGAUACACACAGCAGGAGUGGAUGUGAUGAUAACUAUAGAGACAUGUAACUCAGCCAGUCCUGUAAUCCAUCCCUGGGGGCCUGGUCUGUGAGGCAGUGACAUGGAGUUACUGAGGAGCCAGUCCUGAGGAAUCAUGCUCUGUGUGGCCAGCCAUGUGGGUUUCUUAUUUAUACAAUGCUCUAUCCCCUAAUACUUAAAGGACCACUAUAGUGCCAGGAAAACAUACUCGUUUUCCUGGCACUAUAGUGCCCUGAGGGUGCCCCCACCCUCAGGGCCCCCCUCCCGCCGGGCUGGACGGCGAGGAAAGGGGUUAAACUUACCUUUUUUCCAGCGCCGGGCGGGGAGUUCUCCUCCUCCUCUUCGGCUGAAUGCGCAUGCGCGGCAAGAGCUGCGCACGCAUUCAGCCGGUCUCAUAGGAAAGCAUUCAUAAUGCUUUCCUAUGGACGCUGGCGUCUUCUCACUGUGAUUUUCACAGUGAGAAGCACGCAAACGCCUCUAGCGGCUGUCAAUGAGACAGCCACUAGCGGCUUUGGAGGCUGGAUUAACUCAUUUAUAAACAUAGCAGUUUCUCUGAAAACUAGUUUGUUUUCCUGGCACUAUAGUGGUCCUUUAAUAGGAUUAUGUGCUGAGUCAAUUCUUGUUACCUUAAUACUUAGCUUCAUGUUUUCACUAUUUAAAUAGUAAUUGUAACAUUCAGAGUGAAUUCCAUAAAACAGCUCACCAAGACUGUAUGUGUGGAUGAUUCUGAACAGAUGAGCAAUAAUGCAAUUGCUUUAUUUAUCAAUAUUUUUCUGUUCUCUCUACAGAUUUUGUGAAGGAGCAGUGUCAAAUCUUAGUACUGCCGAGUCCCUUUGGGCAGAGUUGGCAUCCAGGGCAACGUAGUCAGUGCCAAGGUCAGACGUUGUGUUAUGGAAACAUGACCAGAAUACUGGUGCUAGGUUAUAUAGUGCUUCGAGACGCUCUGUCCCUUUUGUGGGGUCUUUGCAUAUCUUGUCGUUUUUUUUGUUGUUUUUUUUUUUUGCUUUGUGACAGAGCCGCUUUCAUGAGUUCUAUGGAAAUAGCGUGUGGAGCAAGAGAGUGAGCAUCUAUGUUUGUGCGAUAAAUAGAUAUUAAAUGUGUAAGGGACACUAUAGUCACCAGAACCAGUAGGUUUCCUGCAGAUUGAUUACUCUAAACACUGCCUUUUCAGAGAAAAGGCAAUGUUUACAUUGCUGCUUAGGAACACCAUGCAUGCAACGCAAUAGCUUCAAUGCUUUUCCCUGGGAAAGCAUUGCAUUUGGCUGAGAUCAUCAAGAUAGAUGAACAAAGCCAUGGAGGUGAGCCAGCUGCGGUGACAUUGACGUGAGGAAAAGGGUGAAUAAAAGCACCUUUCACAUGCGAUCAGAGGAUGGCCAGUCAUCUAACUAGCUAAACACUAUAGUGUCAGCAAUACAUGCUUAUUUGUAUUCAAGAUGAUAUAGCAGGGUUUCCCAAAGUGUGGGUCGCAGGGGGAUUCCUGUGGGUCACGCUGACCCACGCCGCCAGGGCUGCCGGGGACCUAAGAGACAGGCAGGCAGGCAGACUGAUUAGUUGGUCCGUGACCGCAGGCCUGACACCAGGAGGGAGCCCGGCGGCUUGCCCUGUAUGCUGCGGGGCUCCCUCCAAUCAGCCUGCCCAUCACCUCUGGUAUGCAGAGCUGCAGACCGUGUGAUAGACGUCUCGCCAGCACCCAGUGCAUUACUAUGGCAACACUACAUACAAACACCCCUGCAUUUAGCAGCAAACAUUACACACAAGUACACCACUACAUUCCAAUGGCAACAGUACAUACAAAUACACCCAUACAUGAACACAUACUUUAUACAAAAACAUGCUUACAAACACUGCUCACAAAUAUAACGCUGUAACAAUGGGCAAAAGGUAGACCCCCAGCUGUCAUAGCAUUGUUGAAGUUCUCAGACAGAUUGGGAUCUACAUUUUAGCCACCGUUGCACUAGAGGGGGGCCCAGAAAUCCUACCUGCACCAGGGCCCUCUCUACUUUAGUUUCACCACUGGGAUAAUCGUGAGGUGCCUGGAUGAAAGAGCCAGACACAGCACUUCUGAUUCUGACUGAAUCUGUGAGUAAGUAGUUGUAUGCCUCUAAAACAUAUUACCAUGUUAUGCCAAGUUUCUGCCUCUAAAACUACCAUGAUUUCCCAUAAUUAUGCCUCUAAAACUGCCAUGAUAUGCCAAAUUAUGCCUCUAAAACUGCCAUGAUAUGCCAAAUUAUGCCUCUAAAACUGCCAUGAUAUGCCAAUUUUAUGCAUCUAAAACUGAUUGCCAUGGUGUGCCAAUUGUAUGCCUUUAAUGCUGAUUGCCAUCAUGUGCCAAUUGUAUUCAUCUACAGCUGAUUGCCAUGGUGUGCCAAUUGUAUGCCUCUAAAGCUGCCAUGUGCCAACUUUAUGCAUGUAAGGCUGUUUGCCAUGGUGUGCCAGUUGUAUGCUUUUAAAAUAGAUUGUCAUGGUGUGCCAAUUUUAUGCAGCCAAGACUGUUUACCACGGUGUGCCAAUUGUAUGCCUCUAAAGCUGAUUGCCAUGAUGUGCCAAUUUAACGCAGUUAAUGCUGAUUGCCCUGGUGUGCCAGUUGUAUGCCUCUAAAGCAGGUUGCCAUGGUAUGCCAAUUGUAUGUAUACAUCUAAAGCUGAUUGCCAUGGUCUCCCAAGUGUAUACAUCUAAAGCUGGUUGCCAUGGUCUGCCAAUUGUAUACAUCUAAAGCUGAUUGCCAUGGUGUUCAUUUUUAAAAUAUGCAUUAAAAGCAAGUGGGUCUCGGAAAAAUUACCUAUAAACGUUUGGAAAGCCCAUGCGCUAUAGCGUUACCUUGACAAACUUGUUAUGAUACUGCCUGGCAAACAUUGCCAAUCUACUGGUAUCCUAUGACAACACAAACUCCUGCAUGACUAUGCUCCUAUGUGUAUUGUAUAAGAAGAUAGGACAUCAUGAGAAGGGGUUGGGCCCAAAAUUGCUACAGAUUGUUGGUGUUUGCUACACAGGGAGUUGCUUAUAGGGCUUUUUGCCAAGUGUGGAUUGUGGGAAUUUAAAAUUCCCACUUUAGUAGAAAAAAAAAAGAGCAAAAUUCUGUUAUUCCGAAUACAUAUACAUGUAUUAAACCAAUAAAUCUGUGUAUAUUUAAAGGAACAUUUUAGGUACCUAGACGACUUCAUCUCUCUGGGUGCAGUGUCUCUGUAAUUUCAGUCCUGCGGUUUAAAACAGUUUGAGAUACAGCAAUAUUUUCAUUGCAGUGCCAAUCCCACCUUUUAGUGGCAGUCACUGGAGGCAUUUCCACUGCUAUAAUAGAGUUAAGAAAUGAAUAUGUGACAUUCGACGUCCAAAUGCAUUUCAAUGAGCACAUUUCUUGAUUUGUUUUUUUUAGAUUCGAGUACCACCCUUAAAAUAAACAAAGAGGCAGUAGAACACUAUAGCGUUAGCACACAUUAAGAGUGUUGUGAUCUUUUAGAGCAGUGGUUCCCAACCCAGUCCUCAAGUACCCCCUACCAGUCCAGGAUUUAGGGAUUACCAAGUUGUGUCUAAGGUGUUUUUAGAAAGAAAGAAAAAAAACACUUUAGACACAACAGAGUAAUCCCUAAAUCCUGGACUGGUAGGGAGUUCUCGAGGACUGGGUUGGAAAACCCUGUUUUAGAGGGCUAUUUGAUGAAUUGGAGAAACUCGAGUAGCUCAGCUAUUUUGGCAUAAAAAUUGCAAUACACAAUUUAAUUACUAAGCAACAAUGUAAGUGUUUUGUUUUUUUUUGAGACAGCCCAGGUUUAUGUAGUUCAGUUUAUUUGAGUAGUCUUAUUCAUUUAUUUUAUUGUUUUAAAGGUUACUUUACUGCAAUCUUCAAAUGAACAAUAUAGUAUCAGGAACAUGAACACGUAUUCCUGUAGCUAUAAUGUCUUUAACUAUUUAGGUUACGGCCUCUCUCAUCACAUUGGAAAAGCGUUUUUGUUCAACAUUUUUCCCACGCCGUGCCGGCCUUCCUCGCUUAGAUCAUAGGAAAGCACGAGGAGACUAUUGUGCAUGUGCAGCAAAACGCCACUCUGCGCCAAUCAACAUCUCCUUGUAGAGAUUCAUUUAAUCAAUGUAUCUCUAAACAUUUAGUGCCUCCAUUUAGAGUGAAUAGGAAGCACCUCUAGUGACAUUCUGAGUGACUGCUACUAAAGGUGCAACUAGGCAGCAAUGUAAACACUGCCUUUUCUCUGAACAGUGCUCAACCUGCAGGGAGAGGCUAUAGACAUGAGAACCACUACAUUGAGCUGUAGUGGUUCUGGUGACUUUUUUUUUUUUGUCCCUUUAAUGAGACUAAGAAAACCCUCUUAAUUUAAUUUACCUGUCAAGAAAAUUAUUGCUUACGUAUACUUUUUUUUUUUAAACCAGUGAUCCAGAAACAUGAAUUUGUCUAGAACUUCGCCAGUUGGGCAAUGUCUGGACAUGUGCCCAUUUAAGGAGAGGAAACAACGGGAGCAACAAGGGCGUCUGCAUAAAUACGAGAUAUUAGAUGGGCAAUGGACAGGUAGGGGACAAAAACUUAAAAGGCUACCACUUGCUGAUCCUGCCAAAACAGUAAAAGAAUACAGUCGUCCGGCAGCAGGAAAAGAGCUGUCCUCACCGCGUGACCUCCGGCCAUCAUCUGUUCUUUUAAAGACUGUACAAUACCUGCUUUUUGAAGUGUGGGAUCGUGUUAAUGACAGUGAUUCGGUGUCUCUGGCUGAGGCUUAUUCUUUUGUAUUUGAUCGCCUACGUGCAGUGAGACAGGACCUUACAGUACAGAGGAUCAGAGGUCAUUCAGGUGCCCUUGUUUUAGAGGGAAGCCUUGGUUUUCUUCUUUGUUCUCCAUACCUGGUGAGAGAGCUGCCUUUGGGGACCUAUGAUGAAGUGCUGCAUGCGAAUCAGGUGCGGGAAAGUUUUGCUGAACUUAUGGAGUGUUACAGAACAGAACCAAAAUGCCAGAGGGAAGCUGAAUUUCAAGCCCUGUUACUGCUGUAUGAUUUAGGUAAGAUUGCGUGAUUUAAAAAAAAAAAAAUAUAUAUAUAUAUAUAUUUUUUUUUUAAGGUACACUUCCUUCUGAGGCCCCUAAGUCAUUAAUAAGUAUUAUUAUUUUUAUCAUUUACUUAAAUUUCAUGUUUUAUAUUUAUUUUGUUAAACCAUAUUUAAAGGGAUACUGUAAGCACCAAAAUAACUUGAACCCAAUCAAGCAGUUUUGGGGUUUAGCUCGUGCUCAUAUUGGUUAAAGUGGCUCUGCCUACCCACGAUGAGUAUUACAAAAAAAAUGGAGUAGGGCUGCGCCAACAGAAGAUAGAAGAAUAAAAUAGUCCAAAAAGUCUCACUAGAGCAGCAAUGGAUAGCACUUGAUAAAAUGUGGAGAUAGGUGUGUCAGAAUGUCUCAGGACGUCUAUUCAUUAUAUGGAAGACAGAGACUGCAACCAAUAGUACAAUAAUUCCCAAAAAUAAGUGCAAAAAUAUAGGAGGUAAAGAACUCACAUUUAAAAGAGCUAUAGUCAGCUUUGGUGUGAAGGGCGUGCAGCUGUAUAAUCCCUGAUUGUGGGAAAUAUGAAGAAAGUGUGUCUAUCAGCACCGUCUGGUCAUCCAAGGCUCCAACCGGAAUAGAAAAGGCAACAAUAGUGCUCUCAAUAUGAUAAAAGAUAUAUAAAAUAAUACUCACAAGCUGAGAGCAGAAGCAUUGCUCUCUUGAUAAAGCGUUGGUGGUGUGACCCCCAUCUAGGAUUUCUUUGGGCACAGGAAUGAUAAAAAGCCAGAAAAAGUAAAAUUAUAAAAGUGCAUAAAAAUAAAAUAAAAAGAUUUGGCACAGCAAAAUAACCCAAAAACGUUUUAUUGAUCUAAAAUACACAACUAAAAAUAACCAUUACACGAUUCACCAAUAUAGGCUUUCUCAAAUGGUACCAUUUAAGAGCCUAUAUUAGUGAAACACAUAAUGGUUAUUUUUAGUUGUGUAUUUUACUUUUACUGGCUUUUUAUCAUUCCUGUACUCAAAGAAAUCCUAGGUGGGGAUCAUACCACCAACGCUUUAUCAAUAGAGCAGUGCUUCUGCUCUAUUUUAUUUAUCUUUUACCUAUAUUUUUUUUUUAAUCAUAUUGAGAGCGCUAUUGUUGCCUUUUUCUAUUCCGGUUGGAGCCUUGGGUGACUAGACGGUGCUGAUAGACGCACUUUCUUCAUAUAUCCCAUAUGCAGGAUUUAGACCGCUGCAUGCCCUUCACACCAGAGCUGGCUAUAGCUCUUUAUUAUUUAUUUUGAUUCUUUGUUUUAUUGAGGCAUUGAAAGGAUACAUGACAGGCAUUACGGAGUCAUAGUAAAUUUCAUACAAGCUUGGUAAACAAGGAUAGGAGAUAACUCCUAGCAAAAUCUGCCUUUUUUGUUUUGUUUGUUUGUUUAAGAAGAUAGACAAGAACAGUUGGCAUAGUUGGCAGAGCACUGUCCAGUUCCCCAAAGGGGUGUUUCAGGCGUUUGGUGUGGUAUGAAUGUCGGCUGAUCAGGACAUACAUCAGGAACCGGGUUCUCCGCUGCUUUUCAGGCUUGUCCCUGUGCUUGUGCUUAGUCUGAGCGGUCUUCAGCAUAUGUGCCCCUUUCAGUUUUGGUGAGCUCCGCUGCUUAUGUUGCUUGCGCCUCCACCGUACUUGGGCUUUCUUCACUGGUAAGAGUGAUUCACGAUGGCGAUCUGGAGCCUGCAGGUCUUGUGGGAGGUCCUUUGGCUGCAAUGGUGCACGGUGGAGUUGUCUGCUUUCCAACCGCUGCCAGAAUCUUUCAAACGUCCAACCAUACUGUGCUGGAGUUAGGUAAACACGCGGGUUCCGCCAUUUUGCAUUGGUCUUAGUGGUGUCUGUCAGCUUGGAUGGCUUCACGCUGCGAGUCUUCCUGUGCUGGGUUACCUCCCAGGCGUGGACCGGGAUCACCCCCACCGGUCCAAGGGAGGGGGAGAACGGGGCUGUUGCUGGCAAAUAGCGUCCUCUGGGCCCCUCCCGUCCGGGAGAUCGGCUGCCUCUCCCGCCCAGUGAGCACUAGGCCGCAUCCACCACAUGCAGGUACGAAAGCUCCCAGUGGCUCUUUAUCCACUCUUCCUAUUAUGCAGGUUGGAAGGCCACAGUGUUGCAGGAUUUGCUUCUAAUCAGGCUGCUUAAAGGACCACUAUAGUGCCAGGAAAACAUACUCGUUUUCCUGGCACUAUAGUGCACUGAGGGUGCCCCCACCCUCAGGGACCCCCUCCCGCCUGGCUCUGGAAAGGGGAAAGGGGUAAAAACUUACCUUUUUCCAGCGCUGGGCGGAGAGCUCUCCUCCUCCUCUCCUCCUCCGAUCCUCCUCCUGGGCUGAAUGCGCACGCGCAGCAAGAGCUGCGCACGCAUUCAGCCCGUCGCAUAGGAAAGCAUUUACAAUGCUUUCCUAUGGACGCUUGCGUGCUCUCACUGGGAAAAUCACAGUGAGAAGCACGCAAGCGCCUCUAGUGGCUGUCAAUGAGACAGCCACUAGAGGAAAUAGGGGAAGGCUUAACCCAUUCAUAAACAUAGCAGUUUCAGAGAAACUGCUAUGUUUAUAAAAAAAUGGGUUAACCCUAGAAGGACCUGGCACCCAGACCACUUCAUUAAGCUGAAGUGGUCUGGGUGCCUAGAGUGGUCCUUUAAGCUUGUCAGACGUGUCUUUAAGCCAGGUAAUGGAGGAGCUCACUCGAGAUGCAUCUCACCUCCAUGAUGGUCAGGCCCUGCCCCUGGCUAUAGCUCUUUUAAAUGUGAGUUCUUUACCUCCUUCUGUAUUUUUGCACUUAUUUUUUGGACUUAUUGCACUAUUGGUUUCCUCUGUCUCUCUGUCUUCCAUAUUACGAACAGACAUUCUGACACACCUAUCUCCACUUUGUCAUUGCGCCCAGCCAUGACAACUGACAGCUGUAGGGAAAAGGGCAUUGCUUAUGGAGGAUUCCUAAUAGACCUUAGUGUUGUACUGACGUGGGCUCCUUGCAUGUAGUGCUAGGAGAUGAAGUGGAAUGAUCAGAUGAAGAUGGCAGCGUGUGUGAGGGACAGGUUCAGGUAAGUAAAACUCUCCAGAUGGUGACAGAGCCUCUUAAAGGACCACUCUAGGCACCCAGACCACUUCAGCUUAAUGAAGUGGUCUGGGUGCCAGGUCCCUCUAGGAUUAACCCCUUUUAACCCCUUUUUUUUUUUUUCUUCAGAGAAACUGCUAUGUUUAUAAAUGGGUAAAUCCAGCCUCCAAAUCCUCUAGUGGCUGUCUCAUUGACAGCCGCUAGAGGCGCUUGCGUGCUUCUCACUGUGAAAAUCAAAGUGAGAAGACGCCAGUGUCCAUAGGAAAGCAUUGUAAAUGCUUUCCUAUGAGACCGGCUGAAUGUGCGUGCAGCUCCUGCCGCGCAUGCGCAUUCAGCCCAGGAGGAGGAUCGGAGGUGGAGAGGACGACGAGAGCUCCCCGCCCGUCCCUGGAAUAAAGGUAAGUUUAACCCCUUUCCUCGCCAUCCAGCCCGGCGGGAGGGGGUCCCUGAGGGUGAGGGCACCCUCAGGGCACUAUAGUGCCAGGAAAACUAGUAUGUUUUCCUGGCACUAUAGUGGUCCUUUAAGUCUUUCUUAAGUUCAUAAUUUCUUAACCACAAUUGCAGACAUUUUCUCCACUAGAAGUAUCUGUAUUAGCUUGCAAAUGUGAUUAUAAAGUUAAAGGGAAUCUACAGUCACCAAAACAAUUUCAGCUUAAUGAAGCAGUUUUAUGUAUAUAGCAUGCCCCUGCAUUCUCACUGUUCAAGUCUAUGCCAUUUAGGAGUUAAAUCUUUGUUUAUGCAGCCCUGUCACAGCCUUCAUAAACACUUCCUGUAAAGAAUCCUCUAAUGUUUAUACUUCCUUUAUUGCAAAUUCUGUUUAAUUUACAAUUGCUUAUCUCCUGCUCUUUCAAUAACUUGCUAGACAAUGCAAGAGACUUCUGUAUGUAAUUAAAGUCUAAUUUGCAGAGCAGGAGGUAAAAACUUUUAAAGUAAGUUAACAUGUAAUUGAAAGUGUACAAUUUUUUUCUUGCAGGUUGUCCCUCACAGCCAUGGGAGGUGUGGCUAGGGCUGCAUAAACAGAAACACGUGAUUUAAUUCCUAAAUGGCAGAGAAUUGAGUAGUGAAACCUCAGAGGCAUGAUCUAUACACAACUGUUUCAUUAAGCUAAAGUUGUUUUAGUGACUAUAGUGCCCCUUCCACUAAAUUUCACUAUGAUUUACUAAAAAAAAAAAAAAUUUAUCAAAGUUGAAAAAAACAUCUGUAAAAUUUUCCAAGUUUCUUUUUAGCCCUUGACUGUCAUUGUUUUUCAUUGUUUCUUGCACUGCUUAAGCUAAAAUCCAAGCAGAACAUAACGUUAUCAGUCCUUUGUGCUUUAUAUCUUGUAGGAAAUAUGGACACUUUAAAUCGGGCUCUGAAACUACCUCGUGGUGUUGUUGAUUCUCCACAGGUACUAAUUGCACUGGCUGUAAAUAGAGCACAUUUGGAAGGUAACUGGACACGACUGUUUCGAUUACUUCGUAGGCUUGACUGUCUACAGACCUGCGCGUUUUACAGACAUCUGCCAAAUAUACGUGACCGGGCUCUGAGAAUUCUAACGCAUGCUUACAACAGCCGGAACUGCCGUUUUCCACUUGAUCUUCUUGCAUCGCUACUGGUUGUUGACAAUAUUGAGGUGGCCAGGCAGAUGUGCAUAAGGAGAGGCUUGUCCCUUGCACCAGAAGACCAACAAUCCAUAAUUUUCUAUAAAACCUCUUUUAAGGAUUUGGGGCCUGAAGGUCCUGGGAAAGAAGGCCAUCUAGUGGAAAGGAAGAAAGGGGACUUUACAUGGGCCGAGAUCAUGUUGGGAGAGGAUGAAGGGGAGUUUGCGAGAUCAUAUAAGUAAUAAAAAUCUCCGUAUUAGAAACUGGACUAAGAAAUUUUGUAGAAUCUUAUUAUUAAUGUUUGUAUUAGAGAUGGGAAAAAUCCAGAGCUAAGCCAAAACCCCUUGAUGUGAGAUGUAUCAGGCAUCAUUGCUGGGUAUGUGUCCUCCACGUAGAAUAUGAAAGCACAACUUUAGAACUUCUAACAAAGUGCGAAUAGUCAAGAUUUUAAAAUGUAAGUCAAAAUAGCUAAACUGAAAAUAUAGCUCACUUGAAGAUUUAUUUUCAAACUGGUAAAUUUGGCUUAAAAUUUUAAAUUCACUUUGAAUUCCUGGCCAUUAACACUUCAAUUAAUAACCCCCGAAUAGAAACUGGAUCACAUACAGUCCAUAAGUGCAUCUCUCAUGGCCAGUUUAGCUAAGCUUAUAUACAAAACCAACUCACAUUUUAUCAGCUAGUUAAAGCAAUCCUAUUUGAUCUAUUAAUUUCGUACCAGGAACUGCUGCAAACGCUGUCUACUGAGCAAAACAAUUGGAGGGAGCGGAGUGACAAAAGCUCA